AAUGAGAAAGGUUUGAGCUGACAGAAACCCAUCCGCAUAAGCAAGGGGCCUUGUGCUGGGCUGGGGAAUGUGAAUGUGAGCAGCGCGCGGUGCUGCCGGGGCGCGAGCAACCUGCGAUUUGGAAUGCGGUAUCCGCCAGCCGCCUGCACAACGUACUCCCAGAAUGCUGGCUCGUGCGGGGCACCGCCCCCCGCCCCGCCGCGGGCUCAGUGAUGUCGUGGCGCUGUGAGGAAGUCUGGGACCAGAGUUCAACAAACAAGAGGGUCUUUAUCUGUUUCCUAAUACUUGGAGUGCCAUCGUCAUAGCAGCACCAAACUAAAUCAGACUACUGGAGAAAUGAGGCGUGCGGGCUUGGGGGAAGGACCUCCUGCCUAUGCUGGAAGUGGUUACAGUGUGUACGAAGAGGAAAAUGAUAAGUUAACAGAGGGCCUUCGAGAAAAAGUGACUGCAUUAAAAACCCUUUCCAUUGAUAUUGGAACUGAAGUCAAAUACCAUAAUAAGCUCCUGGAUGAAAUGGAUACGGGAUUUGAAUCUACAGGUGGAAUAUUGGGAGCAACGAUGGGUAGACUCAAACACUUAUCUCGUGGAAGCCAAACAAAACUGUUAUGCUACAUGAUGCUGUUUGCAUUUUUUGUAUUCUUUGUACUUUAUUGGGUUAUUAAAUUGAGGUGAAAUAAAUUUGUGCCACUCCA